GCUCUUGGAGAGCGGUAUUCUGGCAGCUGACUCGUUCUAUGAGGAGCGAUCAACGAAAGUACUCGACCGGAGGUUUAGAAACCUCCCGAAGUCAAGUCGUAUCCGACCGGUGACCGAGUCCUUUCUGCUUGCGGCCAACAGAUCGCCUGUGUAGUGAUAAGCGACCUCUCACCGACAGGCCCAUGCGGCCUUUUUUUCACCUGGGCUGAGACCAAAGGUAUUCCCAGCUCACAGGAGAAUAACGGCGGCUCAGAUGCACAAAAUGCGAGCGUACAUCCUCUUCCUCCUCGUAAGUCUGUCUCACAUAGCGGGAUACAGAGUUCGUAGAUUGACUUACAAGAGUCCUUGUACCGAUCCGAACACAGAAGAAAGAGGUCUUUGCAUGUUUCCUUGGGACUGCUUCAUAUGGAGCGGAACUCCUACGACAAGCUGUCGCAAUCGGGGCAACCGCGGAAUGUGCUGCCGAUUCCCAAACGUAGCCGAAGGUCAAACCAAGCAGGAUCGUCUCGGAAACAUUUGCGGUACAACUGCUGCGUCCGGGAACGAUCUUCUUGACGGCAGGAAUCUCACGGAUAUCCCUAAGUCAGAACGAUGGCCAUGGACGAUCUCGAUGCACCACCGUCUGGACGACAACACUUCUGAGUUUUUCUGUGGAGCCACUCUCCUGAGUGAAAACUGGGCCAUAACUGCAGCUCAUUGUGACAACAUCUUUCGACGUGAGGAGAUUGUGCUCGUGUUCGGUGCGCAUGAUCUCGAUGAGCUCCUAGAGGAGGACCCGGAUCGAAUUGAAAGACGAAUUCAGAAAACGGUUCGUCUGUCGAGCCGGAGACCAUUCCAUCGGGGGGACGAUAUAGCGCUCAUCAGGUUCGACGAGCCUGUCGAAUUCACGGACAACACGUCACCGAUAUGCGUAGCCGACGGCGACCACGAUUACGUAAGAGGUACCGCUUUUUACACCGGUUGGAGGCUUUCGGAUGAGGACGAGUCGUUGCCGUUGAUCUUCUGCGAAGUACGUCUUUCGUUCAUUUCCAAUGAGGAUUGCGAAAAACUAGAAAAGGUCGUCGGAAGGUCGUCAAGAGUACCCGAGGCUUUCAUCUGUACCAAUAAACUCGUGGACGGCGAGAGAGCCUGUUUCGGUGGCUCUGGAGGUCCGUUGAUGAUGAAGGAUGAAACUAGCGGUCAGUGGAGCCUGAUAGGAGUGGUGCUGGGCGGAGAGCAUUACCUUUCGGCUGGGCCGAAAAAGCACGCCAGGAUUUCCGCAUUCGCCGAGUGGAUCAAUAAACUCAUCGCGAACUGACUAAAGUGGAUUCGAGGGAAGGAUCGAGAAUCCCGCGGAGGACGGUGAGCCGAUGAUCACCGGAUCAGCCCCUGGCCCAGCUCAACGCUGUCUCCGACUUCGCUUUUCGCUCAACUCACCCGGGAUCGCUGUAUUACCCCCGGGAGUCAAUGAUUCCAUCUCCAGAUGCGUCCGCCUUGUAGACAAAGACGGCGAUAAUUCAUUUCAUUGUGGUAUUUCUGAAGCAUCUCUCAAUCCUGAAGUUGAGGACCCAUCUCGAUUCUUCGACAAUAACUUCGCGACACCGAUCAUCUUGUGGAUAUAAUCCGAUGCCUGUUCGCUCCGAGCAUGUAGAAUAAAGUUUAAAGCGAGACUG